UCACUAAACACUAAACGGUCUCGUUCUGUCUCUUCAGAGGACAGUCCUGUGGAAGCGGAUGAGGAUCAGGAAGACAGGCAGCCGUCUGAAGAACGUCCUCAAGCCGCUGCUAAAGUCGGAGCGAAGAAACAGAAGAAGCUGGAGGAGAAACAAGCGCGGAAAGCUCAGAGAGAGGCCGAGCUGGAAGAGCGAGAGGAGAGGAGGAAGAUGCAGGAGCUCAGAGAUCAAGAGAGACAGAAAGAAGACGAGAAGGAGAGACUGCAAGAGCAAAAACGGUCCUGGAUUAUGACUGUUUCUCUGUCUGUUCAGAAGUCUAAAGUGGUUUUGCUGGAGGAUUUGGCGUCCCACUUCAGCAUGCGCACACAGGAUGCUAUUAGCAGACUGCAGGACCUGAUAGCAGACGGCUCCCUGACAG